AUGGGUGCAGGAGCUACCCUCUGGUGCUUUGCCGGAAGCCCUUUAUCCAUCUCAAUAUAUGGAAAUUCUACGCAUAAAGGCUUUAGUCAUGCAUUUGUGGUGGUGUUACUUCCCAGCAGUAUGAUCCCUUGUUGGUACAGGACUGUUAAAGAGAUUGAACGCGAUGUGAAAUUGAGUGGCGAAAAACUUGGUAGUGGACUGAAAGUUGAGCUUGACAAUACUUCUAAAUUGCUUCAUCCAAUGAAUUCAUCCGCUACAAAUUUGGCUAGGGUUUUGACUUCAUCUCUCAACACCAUUGAUCUACUCUCUUUCACCGACAUUAACGACAAGAUUGCCCCCGUGUUGUAUCUGGCAUUUUCAACAGUUUCUCAUGUAGUCCAGGUUUCAUAUAUUGGAUCAGACGGCUUCUUCUUCUCUUAUUAUACAAAUGUCAACAAUGAAACUCUCGCCAUGUACUGCAACGCUUCCUUCCCUUCAAAUUCCAGUUCAGAGUUGGAGAAGAAAGACUAUACUUGGUACACCCAACCUGUAGAUCUGAACACUGGAAAUCUAUACGGUGAAGCCACAAAACAACUUCCCUUGGACAUAGUCAACACAGACUGGUUUGAAAAGGCGCUGAGCAGUGGAUCCCAAGGAUAUGUAUCCUUAGGAACCGCAUGGAAAGAGUCUAAAGACCCUUUAGUUUUAAGUACAGGAAGUUUGAAUGGGGCGGCAGUUGUGUCAUUAGGAUUUUCAGCAAAGGCGUUGACCGAUUUCUUAAUGCGUGGAGUUAACAUCUAUGGAGGACAUCUUUACUUGUCGACUACUGAUGGAGAAGUGCUUGAUCGAGGUCUCCCAAAUGCUCGUAUGGCGUUCAAUAACAACUCAAUCGAUUUUAGUUUAUUGGAUCCAAAUGGUAGUGACCUGGUAUAUGCAUUGCUAGUGCCCCAAAAAGGGUUAGUGAGCAUUGUUAAUAAGAACAGCAAACUGGCGUUCCUUCUUCUGGCACUUAUGAUUGGCGCAGUAAUAAUCUCCGUUUUUACUUUUGUGUACUUGACUGUAAGAGCUGCAAAGAGAGACGUCUUCUUGUGCGCUAAUCUUAUAAAACAAAGAGAGGCAACUGAGCAAGCAGAGAGAAAAAGUAUGAAUAAGAGUCUCGCCUUCGCCAGCGCCAGUCAUGACAUUCGCACUUCUUUAGCUUGCAUUAGUGGGUUGAUAGAGAUGUGCUCUGCUGAGGUUUCUUCCCAUUCGGAGAUUGCAGCAAAUUUACAACGAAUGAAUAAUUGUACAAAGGACUUAGUUGGAUUGUUGAAUUCCAUACUUGACAUAAGCAAAAUUGAAGAUGGUAAGAUGCAGCUUGAAGAAGAAGAGUUCAACUUAGCCCAACUUAUUGAAGAAAUUGUUGACUUGUUUUAUCCAGCCGGAAUGAAGAAAGGUGUUGAUAUUGUGUUGGAUCCUUCAGAUGGGUCUGUUAUGAAGUUUUCAAAUGUUAGAGGUGACAAAGGAAGAUUACAACAGAUCUUGAAUAAAGAUGCACGUAACGACUUGGAAGCCGUGAAUGCUAUACGAACGAAUCCAGAUUCGAUGGAGUUCUUCUUCGAGGUGGAUGACACCGGGAAAGGAAUACCAAAGGAGAAGCGAAAGUCGAUUUUUGAAAACUAUGUUCAGGUCAAAGAAACUGCUCUCGGACAAGGAGGCAUCGGUUUAGGACUUGGUAUCGUACAAUCACUGGUUCGUCUUAUGGGUGGGGAGAUAGCAAUCGUGGAUAAAGAGAUGGAAUCUAUCGGUUCAAACUGGAAAUACUCCAACCCCAACCCGGAUUCAGAGUCCUAG